AUGAUGGAAACAUUCCUUGAAGAUGCAGAGAACUCUCUACAUCACAGAACUAAUGCCCACAAUGGCUCUGGGUCUUCUGGAGAGUCUGAGGAAGACCCAAUGGAUGAUCCUUUCAUUUAUGACAAGUUUCUACAAGAUCCGGACUGGGCCAAGGCAGCACAAGAGGAUAGUCUGGCUAAGAACCUGGUGGACCCGGGACCGUUUCGCUACAACAAGCGGAUAUUCAUGACCAGUCUUCCAGCCUUGCUACUAGUGCUGGCGUUAGGCGGAGAAACUCUUGUGCUGAUGGUUGCCGUAGGAACUGCAUUGAUUGCUGUGAUGGCCCAGCUUGGAGACAGCCGAAGGUGUGUUAUCAUAUUUGUGAUCAUCUUCAUACCAACUCAUGUUUACGUGUUGGCUUCAGUGGUCCCUCUGUUAUGGCUGUCGCUGUGGCACUUCUUCCUUGUGGCAUUGAUUAACCUGUUUGUGGUUCUCACAGCCGGCUGGGUGUUGCUGCAGUUUAAAGCUUUUAGGAUGGAGGAGCCAACACUAGCUGUUAUGACAGAGCAGUUGCUGUUCACUGCUUACCCAUUCAUCUGUACAUGCCUGGUGUGCUGGGCGUUAGCUACAGUCAUGUCAGUGUCUGUCAUCCCAACAGUGUUCUCGUUUAUGUGGUUUGUGUUGCUGCAGCUCUACUUGCUGCCCAUCGUGUCAUCCUUCAAGACGCAGGCGGCAGGGGACGAUAAUCUGGAUGUGGUGCAGGUCCCUGUGGUUGUGGCCACGGUGAUUGUCUUUGUGCUGCUGGGCCCAAUCCUGCAGAUCCUUCUGUCAGCAUUGUCUGUGGACACACCAGCUGUGUUGUCAGUGAUCUUCUUUGUUCACCUGAUCUUUAUGAUGUCCCUGACCUUGUUCUUGUCAACACUGCUCAGUAUCCGACAGAUUUUUGAGUACCUGGGUCUGCCAUAUUCGACUGCAGUUUAUGUUCGCUGGGGAUCCGGCGUCAGUUGCACUCUCCUCUGCUACCCAGUUCUGCAGGCGUUUGGGCUGGAUUCCCAUUUCCUGCCUCUGCUUCCUGUUGCCAUCGGAAUCUUUGCGGCGCUUGGAGUUGUUCUGGCUUUCAAGAAGAGAAGGGUGGUGAUGGCGGUGCUGGCUGUGGUUCUGGUGACAAGUCUGGUAGCUUUGUUCAUUCUCUGGAUCCAAGGGAUGCCCCACAACCUGAAACAUUACUUUAUAGGCAUGUUUCCACUCAAUGCCUUCUACCUGAUGAUCUGUGUCAACUUCCUGCUGUGUCUGCUCUGUUUGUGGAUGGCCACAGUUGAUGCUAGAGACAUGUUUGGUGCCCUCUUAGUACUUCAGGCUAUCGUACUAACAGUGUGUGAGAUUUCACUGCACAGCACAAACUUGUACUCGACCUCCCGCCUGCAGCUGACCAGUGUCACUGCCAGUUACACCAUUCACCGCCUGCAUGUGGCCGAGAAGAUCUCCCGCAAGGCUACAGUUGCCUCUUCAGCUGUCCAUGUGGCCAAGUCCCUGGCCAGUGCCAUGUCCUUAAUUAUUGAUCGCAACAAUGGGGAGAUAACUUUUCUAGAGAUGGCAGCACUGGGGCUCAUGAUAUAUGUGGUGUUGUCGGUCUUUGUGUACGGAGUCACGGGCGACAAGUCUGGGUUUGAGAUUGCCAGCCAACUGUUGAUGCUCCUGGGAGUUCUGGCUGUCAACAGUCAUCACUUCUUGCUUCCCUUGUCCAUGUUGAUGUUUCAGGGCUCGGCAUCCUACACAGACGUCAUUGGUCUCUGGUGCAUGCUGGGAGGAGGAUUGGCUCUGUUGUACAGUCGGACAAUCAGCUCCGUGCACACCAGACAAGUACUCAAGCUGGCUCUAAUCCUAGGGGUCAUGGGAAUCGUCAUCAUCGUCGUCCACCCACCACUUUCAUUUACUGCUUACUCGGUGUUUCAGUGGUUGGAAAUUAUCAGCAUCUUUAUCUUGGCAGUCAUUCUGUCAUUGAAGGUAGAGUUAUCACCCCAGAUGGUGGUAGUUAUCUCCCAUGUUCUGGCUGUAUGUCUGGGACUACGCAUAUGUAUUUAUCUGUGGGCGGAAGUGACCCUCCUGUAUGCUGUGCUGUGUGUGGUCGACAGUAUAGCAGUGCUGAUCCUGGUCUUUGUUUGUGUGGUCAUCACGGAGAUGACCGACAUCUCCGACAGGAUCAUGAAGAUCAGCAUUGCUACAGCAGUCAGUUGCAGCAUAUGUUUGCUGAUUGCUGAUGUGGUUGGUUACUUCUCCUCAUCACCGUCACACAUGCCCCUGUCAUUGCUACAGCUGCCAGCCUGGAAGGCUGUACUUGUCACAUUCCUUCUAGUCUCCGUCAUCUUGAAGGUGGUCCACUCUACCAAGGGCCCAGACAAACUACCCAUGACAAGUGAAGACAGUCCUGGCAGAGUUACCCUCCCUCUCAUUGGCAACCUCUGCACGGUGAUUACAUUUCUGGUGGCCUGCAGUCAGGGUCCGGCUGAUCCCACACUCCAUGACUUGUGGUGCUGCGCUUGGACAGUCGUCUUAGCCUGUCUACACCAAGACACAAUCUUCUUACGAAACCUGGCUGGCAGUAAACAGGCCAGCCCCAUCAUCAUGGCAUCCGUGGCCACCUUAGUCAUCUCCACAAUCAUCCACUCACGAUUGUGGUUAUUAGCCUGUGCAUCCUCAAUCAUCGGUGGAUUUACCGAAGUGUUGCUGGUAUUUCUCACAUUCCCCGUCUUCUAUGCCGCUUGGGUGAUUUUAUGGGAAGGUAAAGUUGUGUUUGAGCCUGCCGUGGUGUUUUUAACCCCGUACAGCCUGUUGUUGGUGAUGCUAGCCACAACGUACACCGCCUGGAUUCUGGCGGCAGCCUGCCUUGUCAUGGGAUUCUGGAUGAUGAAAUUUAAACUACCCAUGGUUCCUUACAACAGUGAUCCGGCCGAUCAUUACAGAUGA